CCUUUCCAGUCAGCGCAUACUCUAUUAAAGCCUUUAGGGACAACUUCAAUGCUCCUAUUCCAUGCUUUGUUAUCCUGGAGAACACAAACAGUAAUACAGUUGUCGAGUAACAACUUACUAUAGAACAAAGUGACUUUGAUUCGGUGUCAGUGAAGACCGGUUGAAAGGAGAAAACUUAACGAAAGUCACGCUUGCCGGUAUUGAUCAGAGUGACUGCACAGCUAGUAGUGAACUCGCUGCAAUUCUUUUUUUCUUUUUUUUUAAGCAACCUUGUAUACGGCGAAGUGACCGAGCACAUGGGAAGGUAACCUCCCAGUUGGGAGUCCGAGUGCUGUGAUGGUUGCAUCGGUGACAACCUGGCUACGCUCUUCCUGUGGGACACCGAAGCCUGUGAUGUGGACUUUCUCUUGGCACCGCCGAGACCCGUAAAUGCCAAAUUAUCUAUUUACGUGUGUGCGAAUUGAUAGCAUUCCUCUUCGCCGCUGACUACGCGCAGCUACAUAUCUCUCUCUCUCUCUCGGAGAAAAAAAUAUAAAACAAAAGUGUGUGUAUAUUGUUACUUUCCUCUUCGACGCUGAUACGCGCGGCUACAGCUCUCGAAAACAAGGAAGUGUUUUGGGGGGGGAAAUACUGAUGCCAAAUUCGCACUUCUCGGCACCAACCACCACCACCUGAGGACUCGUGAAGGAAUGACGGUCACCUACACCAGGCAUGUCGCAACGUGCAGAGGCUUCGGCUGCUUCUGGAAACUCCUUCUUAGAUGGAAGGGGAGCAUCUAUAAGCUGAUUUGGCCGGAGCUGAUUCUCUACACCAUCCUGUACUACACAGCCAGCUUCAUCUACAGAUUCGCGCUGGACGACUUCCAUAAAAGAAAAUUCGAGAAGCUAACGAUCCACUGCCAGCGCUUCGUCGACUUAAUCCCGGUGUCGUUCGUCCUCGGUUUCUACGUCAACAUCGUCAUCCAGCGUUGGUGGGAUCAGUACAAGACGAUCCCUUGGCCGGAUUCCUUGUGUGUCUUCGCGUCGACUUGCAUCCAUGGACACGACAAACGCAGCAAGUUAAUGAGAAGGACGAUUCUGCGCUACGCCAACCUCUCUAUGCUAAUUACCUUCACCAUGAUCUCUCCAGCGGUUAAGAAAAGGUUCCCAACGAGAGAGCACCUUGUGGAAACGGGCUUCAUGACGGAAAACGAGAAGAAGAUUUUCGACGACCUGGACGAAAAGGCGAGUCACCCCAAGUACUGGAUGCCCCUCGUAUGGGCGGGCAGCGUGGUGGCGCGGGCGAGGAAGGAGGGCAGGAUACGGGACGAUUUCGCGGUCAAGACGCUGGUCGACGAGAUUAAUAGCUUGCGUGGGAAAUGCGGGCGUCUUCUGAGCUACGAUACCAUUAGUAUACCUUUGGUGUAUACGCAGGUCGUCACUCUGGCUGUCUAUUCCUUCUGCCUCGGCACCGUCAUGGGGAGGCAGUUCUUAGACCCCAAACUACAGAUUCCAGACCACGAUAUCGACUUCUACGUGCCAGUCUUCACUUAUUUGCAAUUCUUCUUCUACAUGGGGUGGCUGAAGGUCGCCGAGACGCUGGUUAAUCCCUUCGGCGAAGAUGAUGACGAUUUCGAGAUCAAUUGGCUGGUGGAUAGGAACCUGCAGGUUUCGUACCUCAUCGUGGACGAGAUGCACAACGAGCACCCGGACCUUAUCCAAGACAUGUACUGGGACGAGAUCUUCCCCCAAGAGCUGCCUUACACCGUCGCCGCGGAACAGUACAGGAAGGAGGCGCCACAGGGAUCCACGUUCCAUAUACAGGUUCCCGACGAAGAACAGGAUUUCUUGCCGCUGGUCGAGGAGGAGGAGGAUGGUGAAGAUGAUGAAAGUUUGAGGGACGAGGAGAAGGGCCAAUCGCCCACGAAGAAGCCCUCGAGUGCCAAGUCCAUCCGAUCUCGCGUGGGUUCCGGCCUCUCGUCGCGGAAACCCUCGAUGCUGUCAAUGCUCCUGCAACGCGUACGUUCUGGGAGUCAGGAGAACACGAGGCGAAGAAGCACUAAAGGAUUUGGAAGCACGGUGUCAAUACGCCAAAUGAAGAGACGACCUAGCCAGCUGAGGUCAGUGUCCCGGAUGUCAUCCUCGACGCAAAUGACCUUACAAAGUUCCGCUUCACCUACGAGGAAAAUCACCUUAGUUGGAGAGAACGGCACGAACCUCAACCUCUCGGACGAUUCCCUGAACGUGCAGUCGCCGCUCCCGAUGAGAGACGAUUCGGACGACGAGGGAGCCAUCGAGAUCAACUUUAAGCGGAGGGACGAAAACGGACGUGUUAUCUCACCGGAUGCAGGAUUAAAGAAUGCUGAGAAUGAGAACGAAGUAGAAGGCAGAGCGCACAGGAAAUACUCAGGGGACGGAAUUACAUCGUUGAAAAGCCGACCAAGCUCGUCAGCCGCGGGACCGAAGAUUGUGCCACUGGAAGAACCUGACUCGCAAGUGUUCAUGGGCGACGAUGAGCUGAAGACGAUCACCGACGACAUCCUGAAGACGGUGGAGGACGAUGAUUCCGAAGACAAGGACAAGCCGCCCGAUCCCGCACCCAAGAAGUCCUUCGACGCCGUGGCCUUGGCUGGCUUAGAGCCCAUCGCGGAGGAGAAGAAGGACGCUGAGGGGGACUCCGUGACUGAUACGCUCGAUACAGAUAGGCAGUGAUUGUGAUAGAAAAGGGGAAACGUUGAUAAUAGAGACGAAGAAAGGGAGAGAAAGAGAGAGGAAGAUAAAAUUGCCUUUUUUGGGGAAAGAGGAUUUGUGGCUGAUACGCUGGAUACAGAAAGGCAGUGAUUGUGAUAGAAAAGGGGAAAAGGUGAUAAGAGAGACGAAGAAAGGGAGAGAAAGAGAAAGGAAGACAAAAUUGCCUUUUUCGGGGAAAGAGGAUUUGGGACCGAUACGCUGGAUACAGAAAGGCAGAGAUUGCGAUAGAAAUGGGGAAAAGGGGAUUGAAAGAAACGAAGAGGGAGACGGGGACUACGAGAAAAGGAGAAGAGGAAGACAGAGAGAGAGAGAGAGAGAGAGAAAGUAAGAAAAAAAAGCCUUUUUAUUAGAAGGAGAAUUUGUGAUUGAUACGCUCGAUACAGACAGGCAGUGAUUGCGAUAGAAAAGGGGAAACGGGGACUAAAAGAAACGAAGAAAGGGAAAGAGAGAAAGGAAGAUUAAAUUGCGUGUUUUUGCCUCUUUUUUGGAAACAGAAUUUGUGACUGAUACGCUCAGUACAAAUAGGCAGUAAUUAAGGUUAGUGCUCUCGGUGAAAAAAGGGGAAGAUUGAAAAAAGAAAAAGACAAAUUAAAAGAAAAGGGGGAAGGGAGAAAGAAGAAAAGCAUAUAUGUAAAGAAAGGGGGGGGGGGGGAGAGAAAGAAGAAAGGGUAGAUUAAAAGAAAGGGAGACAAAGAAAAUAGAGUAUUUUCAUCAGAUGCUUAAGUGAAUAAAAGUAAAAAUUAACUUAAGAGAAUAAAUGAUUGACGCAGAAACAGAUAGGUAGUGACCUGGUCGGUGAUUUCGAUAAAAAAGAGAAACGGUGCAAAUGUAAAGAAAGAAAAAGAAAGAACAAAGAAAAGAAAAGAAAAAAAAAAAGCAGUAGUUUAAUCCAGUGCUUUUGCUGAAUAGAAAUGCGAACGAGAAUUUUGCAAAUAACUAUGCCUGGUGCUUAUGAUAAAAAAUGGCUUGCUCACUGUAAGUUCCUUUUUUAGGCUAAAGUGUAGCACCUUAAGGGAUAAUCAAUAUAAGACAACGCCUUGAUUACAAAAAAAAAAAAAAAAAAAAAAAAAAUGCUUACUAUUCUCAGAUAAACAUCACUUUAUACCAAUUAAACUUGAAUUGUAGUAUCUAUAGUUAUAUAUCUACCAAUAACGGACAAAACCGCAUCGCAGACUCUAUCUAAUAGGGUAAUGCUUAGACAUUUAGAGAUUCCAAUCCUCUUAUAAAGGGAUUGAGAUACAUUACGCUCAUUUAUUCUUCCAUGGACUGUGUGGCACGAUGUUCUGAUGAUGUAUAAGUAUCUGCUGUACUGAUUGUAGGUUCGUAAAACUCGAUAAUGUUAUAAAAUAGAUGUUUAGUUUCAUGUCUCUCAAAAUAUGAAGAAGAAAAAGGAGAACGAGAAUGAAGAAGAGGAGGAGGAGGAGGAGGAGGAGGGGAAGAAUACAAUGAGAAAAAUAAGGAAAAGAGUGUGUGUGUGUGUGUGUGUGUGUGUGUAUACGUGCGUGCGAGCUCGCGCGUAUGCGUGAGUGUGUGUGUGUUCACCAAUGUGAGUGUCGUAAGAUAGUGUUCAGUACAAAUCACUUCAGGAUUUGAAAUGCAUCAUAACGUAUUGAUAGGCCAGUUACUAAAAUAUACUAAAUCACUAUUACGGUAUCAGCAAUUAUAUUUUGUUACCAAGACACGGUAUUUAGUAACGAUAAUGAUCACAAUGUUAAUGGAAAAUAAUAAUGAAAUACAGAAAUAGUAGUAACAUCAAUAACAAUGCUAUCACUAUACUACAGUAGUAAACAAUUCCUUAUCAUUAAUAUUAGCAUCAUUAUUACAGGAUUAACACGUUAUCACUUAUAAUAAAACUGUAUACUUAUAUGUUUAUUGUUAUCAUUAUCAUUGCUGCUUCCAUCAUUAAUACUUUUAUAAUAUCCUAUAUCGUAGAUGGUAUAGAAAUGAAUGUCAUCAGUAAAGGAUAAUUAGCGAUAAUAAUAAUAAUAACAGUAAUGGUAAUUACUAUGUACAUGGAUAGUCUCCUCUAGACUUAUAAAUAUUAUUUUCUUUCUAAAUAUAUUAUCUAAUACUUUCAUUAUUAUAUAUCAUAAUGAGCAAAUAAACUCAGGAAUAGGCAUGUGAAAACAAAUGUUAAUCAACUUUACCUAAUAUCAAAUUACAAAGAAAACGUGUAUCUUUAUUACAUAUUUAAGAAUAGUCUAUUAUUCACUUUUCUCAGUUGGAAAUCGCUCUCAAUCGCACUGAAAAAAACAUCCGGGAAAUUCUCAUGACCCCCUAAUGUAUGAAAUGUUUGUACCGUGUUCAUAACGAUACAUGUAGGGGAGAAAGAGAGAAAGAGAGAGAAGAGAGAGAGAGAGAGAGAGAGAGAGAGAGAGAGAGAGAGAGAGAGAGAGAGAGAGAGAGAGAGAGAGAGAGAGAGAAAAGAGAGAGAGAGAGAGAGAGAGAGAGAGAGAGAUACAGAAAUCAUUAUGGAUAACGAGAGCAAGAGAGGAUAGUAAGUGGAUUUUUUGUGUCGUUCGUUAUUUUCAGUGAAAAUGAAUAGACGGAGCGUGGGCGUAUUUCUCAAGAGCUGCCGAUUGAAGUUAAUGAUGUUUACUGCUAAACAGAGGAUUAGAUAUUCAAAGUGGAGUAAUUAUUGUAUCACUAUUUUUAUAUGUAUACCUGUAAUAAACCUUUCAUGAUUAUUGACACCUGAUAGUAACAAACGAUAUUACUACUACAA